AAAUAUACAGGAUAAUACGAUAUACAGGAUAAGACAAUCUAGUAAAAAUUAAAGAUCUGUUAUUUAUUUCUAUUACCAAAAAUUGUAUAAAAUAUUAAAUAUAAAAGAUUUUUAAUAAAAAUAUAAAAAAAUUAUAUAUUUGUCAAUAAAUAAUAAAUUUAAUAAAUAAUAACUUAUUCUUAAUAAUCUUAAAUAACUUAAAAUUAACGGAAAACUUACUUUUUGCUGAUACUUUUGCUAAAUAACAUGACUACGACAAAGAUUGAAUUUGCAGUAAACAUGACUUGUCAAAAAUGUGUUGAUUUAGUACGCAAUACAUUAACCGGUAUAGAUGGAAUUGAAAAUAUUGAUAUAUCAUUAGAAAAUAAUAAUGUUAUUGUUGAAACAAAUUUACCAUAUUCUAUAAUUCAAGAAAAAAUUGAACAGACUGGAAAAAAAGCUAUUUUAAAAGGAUAUGGAGAUACUUUUAGUGCUGUUACAAUGUUAGGAGGAAAUUCAGGAUAUACUGUAAAUAAUAAGAUAAUGGGUGUAAUAAGAUUUACACAAACUCCUGAUGGUUGUCUUAUAGAUGGAACAAUUGAUGGUUUAACACCUGGUGAACAUGGUAUACACAUUCAUGAAUGUGGUGAUAUUUCUCAAGGUUGUGAUAGUGUUGGAGAACAUUUUAAUCCAAAUAAUACGAUACAUGGUGGUCCUAAAGAUGACAUAUUUAAACGGGUAAAUAUUAUAAUUUAUCAUGUUGGAGAUUUAGGAAAUAUAAUGGUUAAUGAUUUUGGUAGAGCUACUUUUAGAAUGAUAGAUAAAGUUAUAGAAAUAGCUGAUAUUAUUGGAAGAUCUUUAGUUAUAACAGAAAAACCAGAUGAUUUGGGAAGAGGAACUAACCCAAAAUCUAAAAUAGAUGGAAAUAGUGGAAAUAAAUUAGCUUGUGGUAUUAUUGCUCGUUCAUCUAGUUUAUUUCAAAAUACAAAAAAGAUCUGUGCUUGUGAUGGACUUACAUUAUGGGAUGAAAGGGAUAAAACUUUUACAAAUAAACAUGAUUAUUCUAAAUCAAGUAAUAAUUCAAAAUUAUAAAUAACACAUAAAAAACCCAGAAAAUGGAUUUUAUAAAAUAAAUCAUUCCAAUAAAAUGUUUCUCACAUAAUGGAAAGAGCAUAAAAGCACAAAAUUAUAUUUUUUAUAAUAUAUGAAACUUAUAUUAAGUUUUAAUACUAAUAUUUUUCCUAAAAUAUUACAUUUAUUAAUUAAUUUAAUAAAAUAAUUAUAUUUUCAAUGUGUACAUAAAAAUAAAAGAUAUAAUAUAAUUUGUGUAUUUGUUACAAAUA